AUGUUCCACGUGCCUUGUCUUGUAUUGCUAUUAUUUCACGGGAGUCAUGCGGUUUCGCCGAAUCUACGUUCAAGGAUCAACCCGUCCGGCUUGGAUUUUUUUAAGAAAGCUGGCCAUACCUUUGUCGACAAGGAAGUACCAAAAAUCUGGAUCCCCGAAAUUGACAUUCCAAUUACCGGCGGGCCAGGCACUGGCGAUUUGAAGGUGGACGACCUGAAAAUUAAAACCUUCAGAAUGCCACAGUUUGAAUACCAACUAUCACCCAAAGGGAUCUCAUGGCAAUCCACUGGUGGUAUGGCUGUAUUAAGUGGAGAGUGGAGAGCCGAAUAUACCGUUCUUAUCCCCAUAAAAGCUAGCGGAUGGCUACAGGCUAAUGUAUCAAGGAUCAUAAUGAAUGUCACGGCUUCGGCCAGCGCAUUGGAUGGACGUCCACAGGUCGAAGUGAAAAGCUGCGAAGCAACUGUGCGUCGAUUUAGCAUUGAAAUUGGCGGCAGUGUUCUGCCAUGGCUCGUAAAUCUUUUUAAAGGACCACUGUCCUCGGUUCUGAGAAACGUCAUUAAUGCGCAGGCCUGUCAAGUGGCUAGAAACGUAUUACUAGAAGAUGCUAAUGAAUUCCUUCACGAUCUGCCGCUCCAUUUCCCCAUUGGAUCUGAUUUUUAUGUUGAUUAUUCAUUAGUGGGAGAUCCAACAUUUACAACCGAUUAUAUUCAAGCCGAUCUUUCCGCUGAUGUUGUCUAUAAAAAGAAGAGUGUCUCUUACCAUCAGGAAAAUGCUCAUGCUGGUGGUCUAAUCCAACUCCUCGUCACGAAAGAUACACCCCAAGUCGCCAACUAUCUACAAACCACCUGCUCGUUCCUAUCAAUCUGCAUUGGAAAAUUUUUCCAAAAAUUAAAAAAAGAUUACCCAAAUCAAUACGUCGAUCUACAUUUCCAUUCGAUGCUUCCACCAAAGAUGUUUUUCAAAAAUGGGUUGGCGACGCUGAAUGUGACAUUUGCGGUCGAUUUUUACAUAAAUCCGAAGGGAAAUCAAAGCGAAUCAUUGGCUAGAUUAGCCCUAAAUACCGUAUCAUCAGUGGUACCAUACAUUGAAUCAAAUCGUAUUUAUGGAACUUUGAAUGGAACAACAGCAGAGGUGAAAGAAGUGUUCUCCAAAAUUGGAGAUAUAUCCACAACGUUCCUUUCAAUGUUCCAAAAAGUGUUUGUGCUUACUGAUCAACUAUUGGCAAAUUUAAUCUUGAAAAAAGGGAUCCCAGUGCCAAUAUACGACAAUGUUACCCUUGCAGAAACAUCACGAGUGGAAAUUUUUGAUGGCUACGUGAGGCUGAAUGCGGAUUUUAUAACUGUCGAUCAUCUUUUUGAGGACCUUUGGGCU